ACAGAAGGUUUACAGAGAGGAGCGCAACCUCACCAUGGACUCGUUGAUACAACUAAGGCAGGAAGCAAGCUGGUUCCAGUUCCACCUGGGAAUCAAUCGUGAUGCUCUCUAUCAACGGUCCAGCCCUGCUGUUGACCAGCUUCUCCAGGACAUGCCUGGUUUCAGCACCAUUAGUGCUGAUUACAGUCAGGAUGAGAAAGCAUUGCUGGGUUCUUGUGACUGCACACAAAUUGUAAAACCCAGUGGAGUGCAUUUGAAACUAGUACUACGGUUCCAGGACUUUGGGAAAGCUAUGUUCAAGCCUAUGAGACAGACCCGAGAAGAGGAGACUCCAGAAGACUUUUUCUAUUUUGUUGACUUUCAAAGACACAAUGCGGAAAUAGCUGCUUUUCAUCUGGACAGAAUAUUGGAUUUCCGUCGUGUCCCUCCGGUGGUUGGGAGAUUGAUUAAUAUCACCAAGGAAAUUUUAGAGGUCACCAAGAAUGAAAUUCUUCAAAGUGUCUUUUUUGUGUCACCUGCCAGCAAUGUGUGUUUCUUUGCCAAGUGUCCUUAUAUGUGCAAGACGGAAUAUGCCGUAUGUGGGAACCCUCAUCUGCUGGAAGGAUCUCUUUCUGCUUUCCUGCCCUCUCUCAACCUGGCUCCAAGAAUCUCCAUCCCAAACCCAUGGAUCCGAUCCUACACCUUUGCUGGAAAAGAGGAAUGGGAAGUGAAUCCGCUUUACUGUAACACAGUGAAGGAGGUUUACCCUUACAGCAGCGGCAACCGGCUACUCAAUAUCAUUGACAUGGCAAUAUUUGAUUUCUUAAUAGGCAACAUGGACCGUCAUCAUUAUGAGAUGUUCACAAAGUUUGGGGAUGAUGGCUUUUUGCUUCACCUGGAUAAUGCAAGAGGCUUUGGGAAACAUUCUCAUGAUGAAAUCUCCAUACUGGCUCCGCUUAUACAGUGCUGCCUAAUAAAGAAGACAACAUUGUUACGGUUGCAGCUCUUAGCUCAGCCAGACUACCAACUCAGUGAUGUCAUGCGGGAUUCCUUGCUCCGGGACCGCCUGACCCCUGUGCUCACAGAACCACACCUUUUGGCACUGGACAGGAGGUUACUGAUCAUUCUGAAGACUGUGGAGAAAUGCAUAGAAAUCAAUGGAGAAGAGAUAACUGUAGUUGAUACUGAGCCACUGGAUACACCUGCAUUUGACAGAAUGUCACGAUCAAGCUAGAACCCAGGAGGAAACAGGGACAUGAACUUAGUUGAUUGUUCUCAUGCACCCAGAGAAAAAAAACUGGAUGGCCUGGGCAAGAUACCAACUGAGCUGCUGGGAGUCUAGUAAGAGCUGCAAGUUUGGUAUCAGUUGCUAGCAAACAUAUAUUUGAUCCAGAUCCCACCACCAAUGACCUCUGUGCCUGUGCUGCAGGAGACACCCAAAAUCUAAGUGGUACAUAACUGCAAAUUAUGCCCUUGACAUGCUGGGGUAUGUACUUCAUAGGAUUUGUUUAGGACCCCAUCAUCAUGAAGUGCAAUAUUAGACCUAUGGAAGUUUGAAUAAAUGGGUUAGUAUGCAUACUGUAUGUGGGCAGACACACCCAUCUCAGACUUUAGGAGAACAUAUACAUAUAACUCAGCAACACCCACUUUAGAGAAUUACAACAGGCAUAAUAGACCCUGGCUGAGGGCAACUGAUGCUCUCAAGAAAUGGGAAUUUCUCCCAGUUAAGAACAUACAGAGUAGAAGUUCACAAACUUUUUGAGCCUGCAGGCACCUUUGGAAUUCUGACACUGGAUAGUAGGCACAACCAUGAAAUGGCUGCCACAAGAGGUGUAUCCAACCUCAGACUCUCAGGGAAUUAGGUCAUGCAUAACUCUAAUAGUAACUUCAGCAUUUCAGUCAGAAGGUCUGUUUAACAGAAUGCCUUUUUAAAAGACUAUAUUAAUUUUUUCUUGCAUACAUGUAGCUUAUUUUCAGUCAUAAAAUGAAGAUCCUUGUGCCGUGGUAGCCCUUGCUGCUGAAGCAAUGUUUUUUAAAAAUCUGUAUACGCCAAUCAGAUCUCCAGUGGCCAAUCAGCAGUCCUGAUGGCCAAAAGCCCCAUCUGACCUGACCCCACCCAUUUUAUAGAAAAUACUCGAUAGGCUGCAAGAAAUGUGUUGACUGGCACCAUGGUGCCCAGGGGCAUCAUGAUGAAGAAACCUGGUGCAGAGGUCACAGCAACAAUCAAGUUAUCAGGGAUAAUAAUGCAAAAGGCAACUUUAUAUACAGAUAGGCGCUCAUACUAGCUUAAAAUACACCACAGAACACCACCAACUGAGAACUGUCUUUUAUCUGGUAGUUCUCAACAUCUUAAUAAAAAGGAAAAAGCCAACAAGGACAUUCACAACAGUGAAUAGUAUGUCUCAGUCAAUCGAUCUCAGUGCCAUAAACCUGUGCUUUUUCCCUACAUUUCCCCGUAAAUUCAAGUUUAACUGCAUCAGAGCAUAGAGGGGUUUUUAAGUGGAAGUUUUCUUUAAAAAACAGUCUCUGAUCCAGUGACCAUAACACUACAGAGUAGUAGUAUAGUAGCCUGCAAUCAAUGAAGCAAAAUUUGCACACCGAAUGUGCUUAUAUAAGAUACAUACAGCUUCUGGAUUAAUCAAACAGUUAUUAAGGGAUUAAGCCUCAACACACUUCCUUCAAAGUAGCCCACGGAAAGAGGGCAGGGCUGCUAACGGUAAUCUCCAAGCUGGAUUUUUAUUGGUCAAGAUAUGGUAUCUUUGGCUUCUGCAAUCUUGUAAGAUCAUCUCUGGUUAUUCAUUGUUCCAGUGCAAAUGGGGGAUUUAUGGGAAAUGAAUAUGUUGUCUUAUCCUAAAGUUCAAAGCAUAGUGAGAAACCACAGCUAAUUUCUAGGAAUCAAGGUACAAGAAUCAAGAUGGAGAAACCUACAUACUUUGAUUAAAGGCCUUCUUCUCAAAUGCCUUUAUAAGGAGGGGUUGAUCAAGGUUAUUUGGAGAUGAAAUACUAAAAUACUCAGAAUGCCUCAGCAUUAAGAAAGUUGUGCACUUUACGUUUUUACAGAGGCAGUUGGGGGAACAGGGCGAAAAAAGACCCCAGGAUUGCUAGCCUGUUCUAACAUGCCAGCAAAAUUAAGGGGUCAUCUUUUGCAGGGCAGGAUGGGCAUAACACUUCAGAUAGCAGAAAUCACAUUUUUAAGUGCUCUCCAAUGUAAAAUGGGCACAUCAGGAUGAUAGUUAUAGCCUAUUCCUCUUGAUUUACUAGUCAGUGUAUUGGUGUAUGUACAUUGCAUCAGGAAGACUUCAAAAGUGAUACCCAUUUGCAUUUUGUAGUGGUUGUAUGCCACUCCCUCAUUCUUCUGCAUAUGUAGCUCAAGCUGUUCCUGAAAAUGGAAAGCUGGCAUCAUGAAUACAAAUCAUUUGUUUGACCAGAAGUACUUUAGGGAACCAAAAAUUGGUGGGCGGGGGGGGGGGGGGCAGAUCUGGGCAGUUCGGACUAUAGUCCGUGUACAAUUAUACACGCACCUCACCUGACAAGAACUGUAUAUGCCAGUAUUAAAAAUAUUUUGCCUUCUU